AGUCGACGACGGCUCUGGAUCUGGGGUGAAGAAGGUGGUAGUCGAGGUGACGGUCGCUAGGAAGUCGAAGGUGGUCAUCCCCUCUUCGUUGCCGCAGAAAACUCUUGGCCCUAAGAACAAGAAAAGGGGAUCAGACGAGGUCGACCCCAAGCAGAUGGCCGACUCGUCCAAGCGCCUAAAAAUUCAGGACAAGGGGAAAUCGAUUGAGGCUCCCCGCUCUCCCGGCGCCCUCGAGACGGUGACCCUUGAGCGGCCUUCCCGACUUUGGGAUCAUCCCCAUUCUCAUGAAAUUGCCAAAUACUUGGAUUAUGUCAUCCCUGCUGCCGACAAAGCUCGUGCCGACCGCGACCCUUACGACCGUGCCGGCCCAGGCCGCGAGCAGCCAGGUACCAUGUCUGGCAUGCUCUCUUUACUCGAUGUACCUGUCUUUGCUUUGGUCGAUACCGGGGCGACACAUUCAUUCGUCUCGGCCAAGUGUCUAGAGGCCAUAGGGGUCCAGGGUGUGAGUGACGUCGACCCCCUCGAGAUCAGCCUAGCUUCGGCAAGGAAGAUAGUCACGAGUUCCCUGGCCAAGAACCUUAGCAUGUGUAUUGGAGGCAGAACUCUAGAGGUAGACGCAUUCGUGAUCGAGAUGAGGGACUUUGACCUUAUUCUCGGCAUGGAUUGGUUGGAGAGAUAUCACACAGACAUCCGAUGCCGUGAUAGAGAGGUGACGUUGCACUUAGCCGAUGGAGACCACAUCACAUUCUUCGGGAUGAGGACGAGGACUUUACCGCGUAUCAUUUCCAUGGCGAAGGCGACUAAGUGCCUACGGAGGGAUGAUU